CCCAAAUGAAAUUAGAAACAUUUGAUAAAGAGUGGACCAUAAGAAGGGGAAAGAAGGUAAGAAAAAGGCGAAAUCCCAUGUCAUGGAUGAUGGUGGAUCUGCACUCUGCACCACUGUGAAAAAAGCACAAUCAUCAUCAUUUCCAUUUCCCCCAAUUCCCAAUUUCCAAUUUGUUUUUCCUUCGCUUCCCAUUUUGAAUUCUUGAAACCAAAAAAAAACAAAAACAAAAAAGAAAACAGUGAUGGAAUUAUUGAAUUGACGACGCCCCUCUGUUUUUUCAGCCCAUCAAUGGCAAAUUUCCUAGGUUUUUGGCACCCACGAACACAGACACCUUUAUUGCACAUAUAUAAUACAAUGUGUGUGUGUAACUGAAGAUCCCAGCUUUUCCCCCCCCACGAAUCUGCAUGUGUGUGUGGUUUUUGCCAUUUUUUCUUCCCAAUUAAUUUUCCCUCUCCUCGUUUUGGGGAAUCCUAGGUUUUCUCUGGUUCUUUUUUUAGCCAUUUGAAGGAUUGAUUCAGUUUCUCUCUCUAAACCCAGGAAAGAGAGCAUUGUUACAUACACAUUUUUACAUGCAGAGAGAUAUGUAUGAAUGUAAGCCAUUUUGCUUUCACUUUUGAAAUUAUGGUUUCUGCCGUGGUGGGUUGUUUAUUGGAUUCUGGUUGGGUGCAGCUGAGGAAAUUUGGGGGUGCAUUGAUGAAUUUCUAGCUUCGGUUGAAUCUAUAUGGAGCUAUUUCGUUCAGAAUUUGUGUAGAGAUCUCGUAUUUUAUGUAAUUUUAUGCGAUUGUAUUAGGACAUUCUCAAAUUAGGGCUUGUUUUUCUCAGAUCCCCAAUUUUUUUUCAUCAUCCUUGGGUUGUUAUUAUGUUUCUGGGCUAGGUAUACUUUACUCCAAAAUGCCUUUAAUUUGAAACCCUAAAGUUUCAGUCUUUUUUCUUUAGAGCUAUAUAUUUUCAACUUUCCCUUGGAAAAAAAAAACCUCGAGAGCCCAGAAUGUGGAAACAGAUUCUUGGUAAAUUGCCUCGGAAAUCCCCGAAAUCAGAUCCUGAUUCUCCAAGAAGCCCUAACCCGGGGCCGAAUUCAUCGUCUGCUGGCAACCCUGCUGCGAAAAGAGCUUCAGCUGCAGUCUUUCCGGCCUGUGUGAUUGCUGGAAUCGAGCCGUUGCUCGCGUUCAAGGACGUCCCGAGCUCAGAAAAGAUGAAUCUCUUCAUAAGUAAGCUGAGUCUCUGCUGUGUAGUGUUUGAUUUCACUGAUCCCGUGAAGAAUGUUCAAGAAAAGGAGCUUAAGCGAGCCACAUUGCUCGAGCUGCUUGAUUUCGUAUCACAGAACCCCCCAAAAUUCACAGAGCCCGCGAUUUUGGCAUCCUGCAAGAUGUGCUCGGUUAACUUGUUUCGUGUUUUCCCACCAAGUACCCGGUCUAGUAGCUCGGGUUCAGGUGAGAAUGACAAUGAUGACGAGCCAACAUUUGAUCCGGCCUGGUCGCACUUGCAGAUAGUGUACGAUUUCCUGCUCAAGUUUGUGACUUCGCCCUCUUUGGAAACUAAAGUCGCCAAGAAGUAUAUAAAUUACUCGUUUAUUCUGAGAAUCAUCGACUUGUUUGAUUCAGAGGAUCCCCGGGAAAGGGACUGUUUGAAGGCAAUUCUCCACAGGGUAUAUGGGAAGUUUAUGGUUCAUCGUCCAUUUAUAAGGAAGUGUAUGAGCAGCGUGUUCUAUAGAUUCGUGUUUGAGACGGAGAAACACAAUGGGAUUGCAGAGUUGUUGGAGAUUUUUGGGAGUGUGAUCACGGGAUUCGCCUUGCCUCUAAAAGAGGAACACAAGAUCUUUCUUUCGAGGGCACUGAUUCCUCUGCACAAGCCAAAGUCACUGGGGGUUUACUUUCAGCAGCUGUCGUAUUGUGUGAGUCAGUUUAUUGAGAAGGAGCCGAAGCUGGCUAGUUGUGUGAUUAAGGGGCUUUUGAAAUAUUGGCCCGUCACGAAUAGCCAGAAGGAGGUGAUGUUCUUGGGUCAAUUGGAGGAGAUUCUUGAAAUAAUUAACAUGGCUGAGUUUCAAAAAGUCAUGGUUCCGCUGUUUUGGCGUCUUGGCCACUGCAUUAACAGCUACCAUUUUCAGGUAGCCGAAAGGGCUCUUUUCCUGUGGAACAACGACCAAGUCGUGAACCUAAUUGCGCACAACCGGCAAGUUAUAGUGCCAAUUGUGUUCCCAGCUCUGGAAAAAAACGCAGAGAACCACUGGAACCAGGCCGUCCUGAACUUGACCCUAAACGUGAAACGAAUGCUGGCAGAGAUGGACGACGCGCUGAUUGUGGCCUGCAUUGCAAGUUACAAGGAGGAGCAAGCCCGGAAAAAGUCCAACGUGGAGAGACGGAAGGAAGUGUGGGAGCGUCUAGAGAAUGCCGCGAGCCUCCAGCCGGUGACAGGAAGGACUGCAGUUCUGGUAAGCUCAGUGUAGAGUGGUUGGGAUUGUGUUUGCCAUAGGGUUUUGUGGUGGGGGAACAAGAAGGAGGCGCGCCGGAAUCGCCGUCGUUUGGCAUGGUAAGGAUGCCCAGCCCAUUGAUGUUAGAAACUCUUCCAAAUCUGAAUCUGCUGCUUCUCUUUAAAUGUCUAUGUCUAUCUCUACCUCUUCCCCACAAAGGGCAUGGGAAGGGUCUCUGCCUAGUUCAUAUUUUACUUGAACUAACUGUUAUUUGUUAGUCUUUUCUUUUCUUUUUUUCCCUUUUUUUUGUUAUCUUGUUUUCCUCCCCUUUUUUGGCCAACUUAAUUAUAAUUAUUAUCUUGUAUCUCU